AUGCCUCAACCCGUCGAAGCGCCUCGUCGACACUGGGAUCCAUCAAGAACCUGCGAAAUUAUAGACCCUAGUCGGCACUGCACCUGCAUUGGAGUCACCAAAAAUGGGGAUACAUGUAGGAACAAGGUGUCUAAAAAAUCCCGUGAAAUAGCCUCCCACAGACUGGAAAUCUUAUCUAUGUAUCCUCCCAGUGAAUCCCUCGUUUCAAAGCUGCAGGAAAUUACCGGUCUCCUCUACUACAAGCGGCGACAUCAAGAUCAGGCGACUUCCUUAAACGAGCGGUGGUUUACGCGUCUAGGCCUCUCGCCAGACGACCGGGUCCCGACAACGAGGGCUAAGCGCCGCCAAGUCACUGUCGCCAUAGUUCAGGAGAACCAGAUACCAUUUCAUGUGUUAUCCACCAGGCCAGCGGUAGUAACCGUCUCGACGACUUCUGGUUAUACCGGUUCCGUUAUAUUCCGCUCUUUUUAUAAGGGACGUGACAUCUCAGAUAUAGAAUAUAGUAUCUGCCGCGCGCGUUACUCCGAAGACACGGUAUACCUUAACUGUGAAAAGUGCAUGGGAGAGUUCCACUGGCGGUGUAUGGAAAGCUGGCUCAUACACCGCCUCCCUCGGUCUAACUCUAACUAUCCUAAUUGUCGGCAAAACCGCCGUUUCGACGGAUUUCACGCCGCAUAUCCAAGGUCAUCCUUAGAUACAGCCAGCGAGGUCUCGCAGUCUACUACAUUACCGGCCGCUCCUGAUCUACCGCGGAGGGAUAGGUUAUCAGAUCAGGUCCCCGUUAAACCUGAAUUGUUGUCAGGAUCAUAUGGUCCAUCGCCCAUAGAAGGGGUUCGCCGUUCUACACGGUACACUCGGCGCCCGGAUCACUUUGUCCUAUCUUAA